AUGGCUGUGGAUUCUCCGUGGGACUAUCAGUUCCGGAUCAUCAUGCUGGGCGAUUCCACGGUGGGGAAAUCGUGUCUUCUGAAGCGCUAUGCCGACGGGGUCUUUACGGAGUCCAUGAACCAAACGGUGGGGGUGGACUUUUAUGUCCACUUUCUGGAGAUGGAGCCCAACCUGCGUGUCAAGCUGCAGUUUUGGGAUACUGCGGGCCAAGAACGGUUCAGGUCAGUGACACGUUCCUACUAUCGUAACGCAGCUGGGGGAGUCCUGAUGUUUGACCUAACCAACCGGGCAUCAUUUGAGAACAUCAGGAGCUGGCACCAGGAAGUGGUGGACACAGUCAAACCUCACCGCCCAGUUUUCGUGCUGGUGGGGAACAAGAGCGACCUGGAGGCUGAACGGAAAGUGGGACAAAAGGAGGCUGAGAAACUGGCUCUUUCCUUCGAAGCAAAAUAUAUCGAGACUUCAGCGAAAAGCAGCCGCAAUGUGGAAGCAGUUUUCCAAAUGUUAACUCUGGGCAUCUACGAGGCCUUGAAAAGUGGGGUGAUGAAACCUGGUUCACAGUGGGAUGGAGUGAAAACCAAACUGCCAGCGCCAGUUCAAUCAGAGGUACCUGCUCAGGAAAAGAGAAAUAAAUGCUCUUGCUAG